UAAUAAACCUCUUCUCUCUUGGCAACUGAGGCAGAUUCCCUAAAGCUGACAGGAGUCAGUGACCUGUAAGUGCUCAUUAUGAAGAGAGAUCUGGUUUUCUUGGUGACUCUAAUUAGCCUUGCCUUCCUGUCACUGCUAAGGUCUGGAUAUCCUCAACAUAUUGCAGAGGAGUCCUGCUCUGUUCAAAUUCUUGUUCCAGGCCUCAAAGGAGAGGCUGGAGAAAAGGGGGAGAAAGGUGCUCCAGGUCGUCCAGGCAGAGUUGGGCCUCCAGGAGAGAAAGGAGAAAUGGGGGACAAAGGACAGAAAGGCAGCAUGGGACGGCAUGGAAAAAUUGGUCCUAUUGGUUCAAAAGGUGAAAAAGGAGAUAAUGGUGACAUAGGACCACCAGGUCCUAAUGGUGACCCAGGCAUCCCCUGUGAGUGCAGCCAGCUAAGGAAGGCUAUCGGUGAAAUGGAUAUCCAAGUGGCCCAGCUGACAACAGAACUAAAAUUCAUAAAAAAUGCUGUUGCUGGUGUGCGUGAGACAGAUAAUAAGAUAUAUCUGCUGGUGAAAGAAGAGAAGAGAUACAAGGAAGCCCAGCUCUACUGCCACGGAAGAGGAGGGACCCUGAGCAUGCCCAAGGAUGAGACUGCCAACAAUCUCAUCGCUUCGUACAUCAACCAAGCCGGGCUCACCAGAGUUUUCAUCGGGAUUAACGACCUAGAGAAAGAGGGAAAUUUUGUCUAUUCUGACCGAUCGCCCAUGCAGACCUUCAACAAAUGGCGCAGUGGGGAGCCCAACAAUGCUUAUGAUGAGGAGGACUGUGUGGAGAUGGUGGCUUCUGGAGGGUGGAAUGAUGUUGCUUGUCAUAUUACCAUGUAUUUUGUGUGUGAAUUUGACAAAGAAAAUGUCUAAGCUUGUCUGCUCUUUCUUUUUUUAAGAAAAGUUUUUA